CCGUCUAAUGUCAUUGCAACUGUCACCGCUAUAAAUUAAUGAAAAAACAUGCUGUGCAACGGUCCGUCGUCUGAACCACCGAAGAAACCCGACGUCAUAAUUCGUGCUUCGACUGCGCUUCCUCGGCCGGCGCAACAUGACGCAACGUCCAAAUUUAUGAUUAAUCGCGCCCGAUACAUAUCCUGCUCCCUUUUUCGGCGCACACAGCGUUUCGCGUUGGUGGCCGUCGACUGCAGAUUCGCGGCGGCGUACGAGCCUCAGAGAGCUCAUGCGUACACGGACGUGACGGACGCACGUACGCACGGGAUGCUGCCCGCGGAAUAUAAUAGCGGUAAUACGAUGGAACUGGGGCAGUCCUGCUUUGACGCGCGUCUUAGAAGCCUCCACCUGCUCCGCUCCGCUACCGGCACUGCGCGCGCGAAUUUUUAUUUUUGGAACCGGCCACGGACCGAUACGCGUCGAGAGAUGUGGCAGUUAACAUUUUGGACGUACUUUCUCCUAAUCGCGUUAUCCAUGGCCCCCGUGCAAAGGGUCGUCGGUUGCUCGUGCAUGUUGGAGCAUCCCCAGACCAGUUUUUGCAGAGCAGAUUACGUCGCGGUGGUGAGAGUAAGAAGAGCGAAGCCCGUGAGCGAGCACGAAAUGGCCUACAACGUGAAAGUCAAUAAAGUCUUCAAGAAUGGGCACAACAACAUAAAUCCUGUCAGUUUCCCGAAACAAGAGUAUUUAUGGACCUCCCCGUUUGACACGAUGUGCGGCGUCCACUUGAAUGCCGGGGAAACUUACGUCGUAAGCGGAAGGAUCAAUAAUCAUGGACAAGUGCGUGUGUCUCUCUGUGACAUACAGAUGCGAUGGUCCCAGGUGACACCCAGACAACGGAAAGGCUUCAGGAGCCUUUACCAUCAAGGCUGUGCUUGCGAGGUCCAUUAUACGCCUUGGUGGCAGAAAGGAGAGAUUCUGGCGAGCGUCGGAAGGAAGCUAUGUUUAUGGGAGAGCGAACCAGGUCCCCAGGAUUGCCAAGAAAAAUACGGGAUAUGCAUGCCAGAACGAGGUGGAUGUUCUUGGAGUCCUUCGGUACCUUACAAAAACUGCAUCAAGGAGCACCAACGGAAACGCGAGCAGCAGAGGCUGAAGGAGCCAUAAAAUACAAUGAUGAAAUUGACAAUGAGCCUUGGUUCUACAGUUACCGAUAUAUCACGCUGGCGGAAAUAACAGAGAAACAACAACAACACACACACACACACACGCACACGCUCUCAAGAUAAACCUUUACGCGAUAACUUGUUGUCAAGUGGAUUCGAUGUAUGUAAUUUAUUCCAUAACGUUAGGCUUUAGUUUGCCGAUUAACCGGCGUUCCCAUCCUUUCGCAACACCGGGUUACGUUUCUAUUUAUUCCCGCGUUUUACCAAAAGUAUUAAUUGGAAUGGUUGUGUCAGCAUGUACAAAAGCGCCGUUCAUCGAUUCGACACGUUGGGAUCGCACAUCUCGUUGGUAGACUGGCUGCUACCGCUGGAAAGCCUUAAUGCAAUACAAUUUGAUGGCAAAACGACUUUGCAACCGUUUGCAUUUCCACGAUAAAUUUCUAAUUGUCUCGAGUUCUCACUGUUGAGACUUUAGGAUGUGAGCUGUGGGUCCUAUGUGGAAUUAACUUCACAACGUUUCGCAAGCAUUACUAAGUUAGCUUCAUUGGGAGAUUGAACGAUACACACUAAAAAAUUGUUCAGCGGACCACGUAUAAUAGUCUUUGAUUAGUGAACAAUGAACCGUGAUAAGGGCAGGAUUUACUUCAACCAUUUUACUGUGGUUGGCGCCCACAGAUGUUCUGACAAUUUGCUCGUAGCGUACAGUUAGUGUCUGCAGGUCCUACACAGAAAAUGUUUAAUGGUCGGACACUGAUGGUGUAGUGCUCUUAACAACGGCUGCAACAAAGACCUUAUCUUUUGUGUGAUUUAUAAGAACAUAUUGUUACAAUUACUGAAUCGUUAUCGCUAAUGGAAAAAAGUUUUCCCAUUGACAGCGUCUAUCACAGGUAGAUAUCCGCCGUCUGCUACGCACGGUGUACAUUUGAAUCUGCCGCAGCGAAAGGGUUAAUAGUGGAACACCACAAUGCACGCAUCAUCAUCAGUGGACUCUCUGAUGUAAGCUCGAGCUGCAAUGCUUGUGAAACGUUAGGAAAUUACUUCCAUAAGGGCACACGGAUUACAUCAAAAAGCCUCAACAGCGAGUAGCUGUAUGAUGCCGGGUCGUGAAAGCCUGAAAUCCGUAAUUGUCUCGAAGUUCGUGGCGUCGUGUUUAAUUAGACGACGUUCAUCCGUUCGAUGGAAACGCUUCGAAAGGACGCUUUCAAUAUUCAGAUAAUCGGGGACAAGAGGCGAUGUCGGUUAAUAUUCAAUUUA